CGGCAUUUUUUUUCGCUAUCCAUGGUAAAUCUUGCAGGCAUCGCCAAAAAUAUGCCGCUGUCAAUAGCGCGCGCCAGCAAACAGGAAAUGGGCAUGACCGCUGCAGUAGAAACCGGAAGUCAGUGGACUACGGUCAUGUCGAGGUCUCGAUGCCCCCCAAGCCGAUGGUGCCCCUGGCUAAGAAGCUGUUGAAAGGCGUUAUUGUUCUGGAGCUGCUCGGCGUGUUUGGGGUGUAUGGGCUUUUCCAGAAGAUGAACACAAGUCAAGAUUUCAGGAGCACCAUGAAGAAAAGGUUGCCAUCGGUUCUGGAAGUUUUCUACCAGUCCAACGAAUGGGCUGGUAUCUACGGUAUCCGCGAGAGAGACCAAGAUGCCUGGUCCACCAAAAUCAACUGAAGCGUCUUGGCGUCGCGGCCGUGGAUCCAGGCGUCCCGCUGAGCCUCCCACUUCAGCUGCUUCACCGCUGUAGGUGGGGACAGGAAGUGUUAAAGGAACAGCAUGCUGACGUCACCAUGCGGUUAAGUCACGACGGAGGUCUUAAAAGGGACACUGAUAUGUACAUUUUUUUUCCUCUACCAGGUACUUGUCACUUUAUGGUGAGAACAUUUCUCCCUCAGCAAUUUAAUUAGCUUGUUGCCUUUGUUAACCUCCUU